AUGCUACUCUUCUGCCUCUGCGUCCUUUCCCUAAAUGUGCUCGCCGGCAACUAUUACGACAAAUACAGGAAGCAGCCAUUGGGUCCAGGGCCUUUCUUUGAGUUGGCCGGCGGAUUCAACAGAGGGGAGAAGCUGGAGAUCUACUUCUUUACAAAGCUGCCCGGGCUCGAAUUACAGUUGGCCGAGGAGCCGUCGAAGACAUAUGGGUUUCCGGUACCGCUUGCGCUGCUGGUGAUGCCUGAUGAUCCCCCGUUGAUAAAAAUUACUCAUCGAAAGGCAGACCAGACAGCGUGGAAUGAGGUGAAAAAGCGUCCCCUCGACUAUUUUGGGUGGGACAACAAUUGUGGGUGUUACGAGGGCAUGAUCACGAUACUGCGCACUUCUACCGGCGGCUACGAGAUCUCAUUCAAUACCCAUAAAGGCCCCUUCCACUACACAUCGACGGAAGAGAAUAUGAUUGCAACCUACCUGGUGGUCCGCGACCCGGCCAUUGUUGGGGUGAAGCACCAUCGCGCCGGGUUUACCGGAAAAUUUGGGCCCGACCAAACAAAGGUCGCCAUCUCCUGGAAAACACCGGGCGGCUUCUUGAAAAGUCCCGAGAGGAAAUAUUGGAAAACCCCAAACUGUCGGCAGGAACAUAUGAAACGGUUUUAUGCAGCGGUGGAGGAAUAUGAUAAAUUGGAACGAGAAGGAGCCUUGAAGCGGCGUUUACGGUACCAGACGGAUGGCAAUCAAACCGCACAUGACGAUCUUGAAGUUGUUAUGCUAAACCAUAAA